UCAAACCUCUCAAAAACCACACCAUUUCUCUCUUCCUCCUUCCUUCCAUCAGAAAAACAAAAUAUCCUCGAUUCCCAAAGAAAUGACGAAAUUGCCACAGCCAUGAGGCAGAAAACCCUAAAUUCCAGAAAUGCCCUUGAAUCCUGCACCUUCCAGCUCCACAGCUGGAAUCCCUUCCACCUCCAAACCCUUCCCAAAGCCCUAGAAUCCGAUCUCUACAUAAAUUCCAGAAAUGCCCUCCGCAACAAGAAGCCCUGCCUCUCUGAUCGGGCCACCACCCCCAAUCCGGCCGUCGAUCUCGACCUGUCCAAGCUGACGCUCGCCGACGAGGACCGUCCCGCAGUCCCGCGGCAGCCGAAGCGGGAGAAUCUCCGUUGGAUCGCGCGGAAGCGCCGCCGCCGCGGGUCCCGGUCGGUGUCCGGUCGGAGCAGCGACCGGAGCGGGACCCGCCGGUGCUGCUCGGUCGGGGCGUGUGGCGGGGCGUCGGGGGCCUACGCCACGUGCUCGGAUUUCCCGGUCCUGGUGGGGACUGACUCGAGCGGGGAGCUGUUUGUGAAUGGUGGCGGGGAUGCGAGCUGGGGGUCGGACGUGAGCGAGGCGCGGAAUUCAAGGCAGAAUGGCGGGAGGGAUGCUGGAGGGGGCGGGGAGAGGGAGAAUUCGGGCGGCGGUAAUGGCGGGGGUGGGCCAUCGCAGGGCUGGGUUUUGGAAAUCCCCGGGAAUGAGUCAGGGUACGGGAGUGAGCCAGGGUACCGCGGGGAUGCUGAAUUUGGGUACGGGGAUGAGUUCGAUGAGGAAGAGGAUGACGGGCGGGUGUUGUUUUGGGGGGAUCGAUUGGGAGAGACGGAUCGCAUGGAUAUAGUAGGUGGGAGCACGUUUUCAGAGCAAAAAACGCAUCACAGAUGCAGGCGUAAGAAGCAUGAUUGGAGGAUGGUUUCUCCCCUGAGGUAACUUGGGUUACGUUUGGGUGCUGCCAGUGACCAAGGUUGUUGAUAUGGGCUAAGCAACUAAGCAUGGUUGAGAUACAAACAUGACCUUUCUUUCUGAUCCCGGCCAUGAAUAGCAGCACGAAGAGCGGGGAAGAUGUGAUCCGAUUUGUUUUGGGCUGCAUUUCCCAUGCUGCCGCAAGCCCCGACUACAUUAAAUGGGCUUUGGAAGCCCCGCUGCUAUCUUAUGUCUUGAAAACAGUUUCCAGUGUGAAAGUGAUAGAAAUAUGUAUCUCUUACACUCUUCACAAUUUCUGUGAGCUAUUCCUGUCACAUUACCAGUAACAAAAGUUACAGUUAUUUUUCUCUUUUUUCUGUUCA